CGCGGCGCUGGCAUUUCAAUGUCCAUGAAUUUUUAUUUUUAAAAUUUUUGUGUACAGAAAAACCAAUUGAUUUAUAAGACAAUACACGAUGUAUGAUGAUAUGAUAUAUUAAUUUUUCUUUUGACAUGACUAUCAUUUUAUAACUAUUACUUGCAAUAGAUUUUGUACAGAAAAGCCCCGGGUUUUGUGACAAAUCGUCCGUAAAUUUUAUUUAAAGAAUUACGAAAUGAAUUGUUAUAUAUUUUAAGACUUAUCGUGCGUAUAAAGACAUGAAUCAUCUGUCAAUGAUUUUAUACUUUGACUAAUUGAGUAAAAAUAUAUAAAGAUCCGCAUGCUAACACAUUGUCGUAAAGUGAUUGCCGACACUGCGUUUGAAUGUACAUAUGGCGCACUUAUGCAACCAAAAAUAAGAGGUUAUAGUUGCAGAAGGAUUAUUUGACAGCAAAAUGACUAAAUAUACGAUGAGAACGAUGACACGAGUUAUUUUGAAAUUGAGUGCUGCAACCACCAUAGGUUUUAGUGGUUGGUGUCUGGGAAGAUACUCGGAGCAGCAACGACAUUUGAAUGCAGAAAUAAGAGACAGUGGAACUAAUAUUAUCUCAAAUGUAAACAUUAAAAAAAUGCCCGGUUUACCCCUAUUCGGAACCGUUUCCGCAGCGGUUCCCGUUGACACAAAUAUGGGUUCAAAAUUGUCGACAAGUACUAGAGUAGCUGAAGUCAGAGAAUAGCGAUUACAAAGGAAGCGGAUAUGAUCGUGGACAUUUGGCAGCAGCUGGAAAUCACAAGUGUGCUCAAAGUCACAUAGAUCAGACAUUCUUCCUAACAAACAUGGCACCACAAGUGGGUGUGGGAUUCAACAGAGAUUCUUGGAACAGACUGGAAAAAUAUGUCAGACAUUUGACUAAAGUUUAUAAGGAUGUAGUAGAAGCUAACGGCAAGAAAUAUGUUCGAUAUGAAGUUAUUGGUACAAAUCAUGUGGCUGUGCCUACGCAUUUUUAUAAGAUAGUUGUUGGUGAAACGCACGAUUCAAAAUUAGAAAUGGAGACAUUUGUAAUGCCGAAUGCUCCUGUAGAUGAUAAUGUACCUCUAACAAAUUUCCAGGGAUUUCUUAAUCACUUAGUGCUAAUUUCUCUUUUCUGUAACGAUAACGCGUGGAAGGAGACAAAAUCGCGUAAAAGGUUCCAUCAAUCUGUAAACAGCAUUGCUUUACAAUAUUUUUACAAGGUACCAGCAAUAAAUCGUACGUUCUUCGCAAUAAACCAUAAUAUCACACUACGUUGUAUUAAUAUCUGUAUCAUGAUUACCCAAGGCCUAACAAAUAAGACGUUAAUAAUAUGAAUAUCAUUAUGCUUUAGAGAUCUCGAUGUAACAUACUUGCAAUAUACAUUUUUCGAUGUUUCAAAUUUAUCGGCUUAUAAAUAAAAGCUUUCAAGUAGGGUUAAUUAUAGGCACUAAAAUGGACGGGUUUCGUUUCUUAGGAGAUUUUUUCCGAGUAUUGCUCAUCAAGUUAAGGACACUUAAUGAAGUUUUAAGUACACUUUGUAUAACUAUAUGAUUUGUUCGAAUCAACAGCACGAUUAAUGUAUAUAAAUUUCAUAACGUACUUCUUCAUCUCACUGUUUGUGAUCAAUCUUUUUUCUUUCGAUUAUUUUUUUCAACAAUUUUGUCCAUUUUCGUUUCUACCUUAUGGUCAACUUUAAAUUUCAUAGGCAGUUUUGGUACAUUUCAUCCUCAGCGUCGCUUACGCGUAUCGUAGUAAAUUCGAUUAUUUUUUGUCCCAAAUUGCUCAUUGAACUCCUUGAACUCCUGAAUGUUAUAAUUGCGUGGUAAAGUAGCAUGGACUAGAAGACGCGCGAUGAAACCUCGUAUAUUUUCAUUGAUCGUUUUGAAGCAGUUUCGUCGAAAAGAAAACGAGCCCUUGGAUUUGUUUCUCUUUAACAUCCACUAACACUGCGACCAACAACGAUGCGUAUUCCUGGCAGACUAGGAUUUUUUAAGAUUAGAUUAAAAUUUAAGAUUUUUUUAGAUUAAUCUCUCCUCCGGUGGUGGUUUCAUCACAUUGUCCAUCUCUACACGCGGAUUACUGAAUUCUUGA